AUGGGUGGGCCAGCAGCCCGCAGGAGCGGGGGCAGGGAACCGGCCCAGCGCUUUCCUCCUGGGGCGGCAGCACCCCGGGCACCCGGGGGCAGCAUGAUUCUCACAGCUCUCUCCUCGGACAGACACACAGCUCACCUGUUCACCCCUCUGGACCCGGGGCUGCCUGAUCCCGACCCUGAUCUCGACUUUGGCCUGGCCCAGCCCAGCCCAGCUGUUCCUGACAGAAGUGGCCAAGGCAGGGGACCCCGGCUUCAGCACUGCCUGCCCAGUGCCGGGACCCCUCCCAGUUCUGGGGGGCGGCCGCGGUCCCAGCGCAGGCGCCUGGGGUUCACUCUGCAGGAGCUGUGGGACCUGCGGCGCCAAGCGGUCCUGUCAGCUGCCCUCAGCCCCGACUCUCCCUACUCCCCACCAAGGUGGAUGCUCUGUCCGGGGGCGCAGGUGCAGCUUCGGGGCAGCAAAAGAGGGCAGCUUCACGGCCCUUCCCACGUGGGACUCGGGGCUUGGCCUCUGCCCCUCCAGGCCAAAGAGAUUCUCAGCAUCCGGGACCCGCAGCCGCGCCUGACUCAGGGGACCCUGUGGGCCAAGGGUGCGGCCCUGGCCAUGCAGCAGACGGGCCACUCUGGGCCCUGA